UGCUCUUCUUUCUUCCCGCUGCAGCCCGAACAAAAAAAAAAAGGGGAACCCGGCCAUGCCUUGGAAAACCGGUAAGGAGGCUUGUUUUUCCCUUCUUUUCUUGUCCAAAAACCAGAUUUGAACCCAGAAAUUCUUUCCCCCUGCUGGAAAAUCCGGAUCUGCUCUGCUCCUCCUCUUCACCGCCGGCUGCUCCUGCUUUGUGGGGUGUGUUUUGCUCCCGUUUUUGGUAAGAAAUAGCCAUGAAUCUCCCUUCUCCAGCUUUAAUUGCCUUGGGUUUACUCUAAUUUUGUGUUGUUCCUUCAAUUUUUGGGUGGAUUUCCCGUGAGCUUCUUCUCCAAAUUCCCGCCGGCAACUUCCCCAACUGCAGCUCCGGUUUUAGCUGGAGAAUUCUGGUAUGUGGCAGCCCUCCAAGCCCUCGAAUUUGUCCAUUUAUUUGCUUUUAAUUGCUGCCCUAUUGUGUGUCCGAAUUGUGCUGGAAAAAUGGGGGAAUUCCGGUAGCUUUAGGAUAAAGUUUAAGCAUUAAUUCAAGUGAAAUUUAGGUGAUUGAGUGUUAAUUGAUUGCUGUGUGAUUUUUGAAGAAAAUCCCGUGAAAUUAGCUAGUGGUUUGGGCAAUUUUUUUGAAGUUGGAGUUACUGUUCACCGGUACUGUUCACAGAUUACUGUUCACACACCGAGGGUAAACAAUUAACGGAGAUUUAAAUGUUUAGUUUGCGAUAUAAGAACGAAUUUGGAGAUAUUGAUAAUGUGGAGACUGAUAAAAGUAGCAUCGUGAUUAGAAGUAGUCCUAAUGAUGGUUUCACUUUAAAUUUGUGAUAGUAUAGAAUUAAUCCUUAAAUAUUUUGAUUAGGUUCUUGAUCAUUCUGUCAAUUUAGCACUGGGAUUGAGUUCUCGGUUUUAUGUGAGUGAUGUAAGUAAAUUUAUGGUAAUGCUCGUAUAGUUUUAAAAACAUGUUUUGAUUUGUUUUUAAAGUGGUGGUGGGACUAAACCCGUUUUACACGAGCAUGACUGAUUUGAAGUCAAAUUUUUAUGCUUUUCAUAAAUUGAGCAUGCCUACUUGAAAGUUUAAUGGACUGUCCUGAUGAUUUGAAAGUGAUUGUGAAUUAUGAUUUUUCUGUUAACUUCUACCGUUUUGUCUCCGACUUGGUUAUGUUAUUGAUAAUCCUGCUAGUGAUGGUCAAACGCUAGCACAUGUCGACAUGUUAUUGAUAGAACCGGUUCGUUCAACCUUGCUAGUGGGGGUUAUACACCAGCAAAUACUGUAGCCUGUCAGUGGGAGGCUUAUAACACUGGUCAUGACCUAUAGAGGAGACGUUUAUUUCGUUCCCGUACUGUAUCUGUUUUUCAUGAUUGCACUUGUUGGCAUGCUAUAAGUUUAAUAAGGGCACUUCAUAUUUACUUACUGAGUUUAUCUCAUAGUUUUUCCUUGUCCACCAUUUCAUGAAGCGAAACCGAGAAUGGGGAAACCACGGGAAGUAAUGAGUUAGAAGGCUAGCCAUUUCAAGAUU